AUAAAUAACGCAUGAUCUAGUCAGAAAAAAACAACAUGGCUACUGGUCUUCGAUCGAAGCUCGAUAUGAAACAUGGUUUUAUGAAAAGCAUAAUACAAAAUCAAGUUUCCAGAGAUACAUAUGAUAAGGAAGUGAAAGCUAAACUUAAUGAGAAACCAAGACAUCGGCAAAAUAAAGCAAAGAAACCUGAUAUUAAUGUGUACAUCCCACCUACAAAGUUGAAAGAAAUUUUCCUACUGGAAUUUGAAGAUAAGGAUGGAACUAUAUACAGGACAUCUGUGUGUAAGAAUGAUAGUGCAAGUGCCAUUGCUCAGAAAAUCGGAGAGGAGAGGAAUCUACCUGCUGACUUCAUAGCAGCAUUAGAAGAACGACUGGACCAUGAAAUAUCCCUUCGUGAAAGUCACGAGUCCGACUCAAACAGCUGAGUGUCCGUACAACCAGUCAUUGUUGGCUAGCCAUGCCUUCCUUCUGAGGCCUUGUGUGGCAUUAGGCAUUCCAAGAUUUAGCUACGUGGAUGUGUGAUAGCAUUGUUUCUCCAAAACACAGAAGACCAAAGACUGAAGUUUAAAAAUUCAGUACAUGAACAUAUUCAAGAGGAAAAUGCUUUGAAAUUUCACUUAUAUGUUCAGGAAAUGCUGUAACAGUACCAUUAGCUUUUCCCCUGCAUCUCAGUUAUAAAAUGUUUGUUACAUGCUUUCUUGAUAAACUGAUUUUUAGAGAA